CGUAGGUUGGCUGGUGAGGACUGGGGAGGGGAUAAGGGAAAGUGAGCCAAUUACAAGUUUUAAGACACAACAACAUUUGGCAACACGAAGAGAGUCUGCAGUCACACUUCAAUGAGACUGUGACAGCUGCGCCUAUCCCUUCCGAAAAACUUUUUGACUUUGGAGUGCAUCUGCGAGACCAUCUAAGCCACGACUAGAUAUCGGCACAAGGAAAAUGGCAGAAAACGGCGUCUUGCACCCGGAGAGGGUACUUACCCUAGACACCAUGAAUCCCAAUGUGAAACGGGUUGAAUAUGCAGUCCGCGGCCCUAUUGUCCAGCGGGCUGUGCAGAUCGAGAAGGAGCUGAAAGAGGGAGUUAAGAAGCCAUUUACAGAAGUCCUUAGAGCCAAUAUUGGGGAUUGCCAUGCCAUGGGUCAACGGCCAAUCACUUUCCUCAGACAGGUCUUAGCACUUUGCACAUAUCCUGAACUUCUUGAGGAUAACAAGUUUCCAGAGGACGCCAAAAGCAGAGCACGGCGCUUCCUGGCGGCCUGUGGAGGAGGAAGCAUAGGUUCAUACAGUAUGAGUCAGGGUAUUGAGCUGGUCAGACAAGAUGUGGCUCGCUACAUUGAGCGACGUGACGGCAUCCCGUCCAACCCGGACAACAUUUACCUUUCUUCUGGAGCCAGUGAUGCCAUCACGACCAUGUUAAAACUUCUUAUUUCUGGAGAGGGUGCUACCAGGACAGGCGUGAUGAUCUCCAAACCCCAGUACCCUCUUUACUCUGCAGCCCUGGCCGACCUCGGGGCAGUGCAGAUAAACUACUACCUGGAUGAGUCCAAGAACUGGAGCAUGGACGCCAGCGAGCUGCGGCGGUCCCUAGCAGAGGCCAAGAAACAUUGCACACCAAGGGCAAUCUGUGUCAUCAACCCUGGCAAUCCAACUGGUCAGGUGCAGAGCAGGCAGUGUAUUGAAGAUGUGAUUCGAUUCGCUGCUGAGGAGAACCUCUUUCUGAUGGCUGAUGAGGUGUACCAGGAUAAUAUUUAUGCAGAGGGUUGUGAAUUUAACUCUUUUAAGAAGGUACUGUUUGAAAUGGGACCCAAAUACUCGAAUAAAGUGGAGCUGGCUUCUUUCCACUCUACAUCCAAGUGCUACAUGGGAGAGUGUGGAUUCCGAGGUGGCUAUAUGGAGCUCAUAAACCUAGACCCCGAUGUGAAGGUCCAGCUCACUAAGUUGGUUUCAGUCAGACUUUGCCCUCCUGUGACAGGGCAGGCCCUCUUAGACCUGGUGGUGAACCCCCCUCAGCCUGACGAGCCUUCCUACCCUACCUAUAAGAAGGAACGAGCCGCUGUGCUAGCUGCCCUGGCUGACAAGGCCAAGAUGACAGAGGAGAUAUUUAACAAGGUCCCAGGGAUGUCCUGUAAUACAGUGCAAGGAGCCAUGUAUGCCUUCCCCAGGAUUGAGCUGCCCCAGAAGGCCAUCGAGGCAGCAAAGGAGAAGGGUCAGGCUCCUGACAUGUUCUACUGUAUGACGCUGCUGGAGGAAAAGGGGAUCUGUUUGGUUCCUGGAAGUGGUUUUGGCCAGAGGGAGGGAACAUUUCACUUCAGGAUGACCAUACUUCCUCCUACUGAGACACUGAAGGUCGUCCUGGAAAAGGUGGAGGAAUUCCACCGGAAAUUUACAGAGCAGUAUUCUUAAUCUACGCCUCGCUCAUGUGACCUUCAGCCUGUCAAGUGGAUAAACAGGGGGAGAGAAGUGUAUCAUCUGGUGCCUUAAGUUGCCAUAACAGCAGAGUUCACACUCUUGAAAUCCUCUCUGUUCCUGUGCUCCUGCUCUGGAACAGUUGGACUAUCUUCUCUUGGAUUUAUAAAGUGCCUCUGGAUUUUAAACCUUUAACAUCAGCACUUUUUAUUGAGCUACAUGUCUUCACACUACUUCUGUUUAGUUUCAUAUCUUAACUCUGUGGUACUGUUUGUUUACUUGUCAGUGUUGUGAAAUGUCUUCUUUUGAUGUGAAAUAUGAUGUUCGGGAACGGUGCCUGAUGCUGUGCACAAAAGUGAAGACCAUCUUGGUCUGUGUCAUCUCCAGGUUUCCUCAGGGCCAUUGCAUCAGACGAAUAGACACAGGGAAUGACUUGAUGAAUAAGCAUUUGACAGCAUUGUGACUGUCAAAUCUAUAAACAAGGGCCACCUAAUAUUAGGUAUUGGGCUAUUAAAAUAUAGGUCACACAACCUAGUUUGAUUUUCACGUUAAGGGAAUUAGAGGCACAUUGUUGUGUGUGAUGAGAUUAUUGGGAUACAUGUGUAAUAUAUUUGUGACCUUUAUUGCAAGGUAGUACUAGGUGGCUGCGCCCUUUGCAAGGGAAGGGUACGUAUUGUGUGUUUGACAAAAUGUCAUUUGUAUUUCUUGUGUAAACACUAGGAAUAAAGGAUUAAUAGUUUGUGAA